AUUGAACCCUUCGAUGCUGUUGGACGCGAAUUGAUGAAGUUGUUACGACUACCUGUUGAUGAAUACAACAACGCUUUAAAAGUUGCUGAACUCACAGAGUUUGUACCAGUUAUGGAAUGUUUUAACUACCGCGGACGCUGUAUGGCCUCUUCAUACAUCAUUCAGAAUAUGCUGGAGUACGGAACUUUGAUGCGAACGGAGGAGAAUGUAGCAGUAAUGUGCGCUGUAUUACAUUCAGUCUUAGUAGACCAGCAAGACCAGCCUUCGAAUGCAACGGUAUGUCGAAAAUGA